UUCAUUCUUCCUCUUCAAGCAAAUCUCCUGUCGCCUCCAACCUCACGCCGUUUUCAACAGCGAGAAAUCACCGUCAACAUGCGUCCAUCAGUUGCCAAGAACGUCGCCAUCAUUCUCUUCUCAGGAUACUGUGUCUUUGCCCAAACGGCAGUGUCCACAAUAGGUGGGAGUACAGGCUACACAGGCUACAAUCUCUCCUUGCACGGCAAUCCAGAAGAUACAACCUACGAUACCCUCGACACACCCGCAAACGUCUCAACCACCAACCCCGAACCAGACAUCUACCUCAAUGCCUCCGUACACGUCGGUGAGAUCUUCAUCGGUGUCGAAAAUCUCACUGCGAAGAUCAAUCUCGAAGCGCAAGUCCUCUCUCUGCUGAACUUCAACGCCGGUGUCGACCUCUCCAUCGACCGCGUAGCCCUUACAAUUCAGAACGUCACCGCCAAGGUGGUCCUCGAAGCCCGUCUCGAAAAUCUGGUGCUAAUGAUUGGAGACAUCCUGAACUCUCUUGAUCUGAACCCCACGCUUGUUGCGCUGGGUACGGAUUUGGUCAACAUUACCCAAACGACGGUUAAUGAAUUGGGAAGCCCCAGGAUACACAGCAGAGGUGUCCCCGUUUCCUACGACCUGGCGCACAACGUUUUAUAUUCAACAAACAACUACCAGGGGAAUACACACUCGAAUCGUAUAUUGACGCAAACUGGAACAAUUGUUGACCAGUUUCUCGAUAACAAUGGCAAUAUCCAGAGCACGCAGACCGUGGGGUACUAUUUGAAGGACAUGACGUUCAAUGGAGAGAAUACGAGUGCUAUCAUCUAUGGGCAGCCGGUGCGGAAGCUGGAGUAUGUGUAUGCGCCAUUCGUCGGGCUGAGCGUUGUGAGCAAUAUCUACGUCAAUGAUACGGGGAGCGUUAUGGCGACGCAAGUGCUGAGUGAGCUCUAUGGAGGCGGAUCAAGCACCAUUGGCGAUUAAUAGAGUGAGGUGGUGAUUUCUCGUACAUAUUAUUAUCG